CCAGCUAGAUGCCUUCUGACCAACGAAGAAGGCAAACAAGCAAGAUGGCGCUAGCUAGAAAAACAAUCGUUUUGCUGUUUGGGAAAUAAUUGAAAGUAAUAAGUGAGCGCUUUUGCAGUUUUUAUUUUAUUCGAAGCAGGUCAGAUAAUUAUUAGUUUAUUCCGAGUCGUUAACUGGACAUUCGGAUCCUUCGUUGUAAAUAAGGAGACUAUAGCGACACCUGCUAUGUUAGUAUGUAGCUAGCGUGUUAACCAAAGUUGGUUGUUAGCAGUGGCGAGUGAACUUCAUAGUGAUACUGGUACACAGCGGAACAACUCCCUGACCCGAGGAUGGACAGUGUGUCAGGGUCGGCCUCGGAGGGCACACCCGGCUGCCCCCUUGGUCCCGAGGACAUGGAGGGCCUGUGCGUCUUGCCUCACCUGGGCGCCAUCAAGACCGAGCAGUCAGGGCCCGUUCACCCGGACGAGGCCGGCAACCCCAACGUGGCCAUGGGGAUAAAGUUCAUCCUGCCCAACCGCUUUGACAUGAACGUCUGCUCCAGGUUCGUCAAGUCGCUCAACGAGGAGGACAGCAAGAACAUCCAGGACCAGGUCAACUCUGACCUGGAGGUGGCGUCGGUUCUCUUCAAAGCUGAAUGCAACAUCCAGACAUCACCCUCACCGGGGAUCCAAGUGCGCCAUGUGUACACUCCAUCCACCACCAAACACUUCUCCCCCAUCAAGCAGUCCACCACCCUCACCAACAAGCACCGCGGCAACGAAGUGUCCUCCACACCUCUCCUGGUGCAUUCUUUAUCCAUCCAUCAGCUGGCAGCUCAAGGUGAAAUGGUGUUUCUGGCCAGCAGGAUCGAACAAGAAACGGUGAUCAACCUGCAGGACGAGGAAGGUUUCACUCCUCUGAUGUGGGCGGCUGCACAUGGACAAAUUGCUGUCGUGGAGUUUCUCCUCCAGAAUGGCGCAGACCCCAACGUCCUCGCCAAAGGCAGGGAGAGCGCGUUGUCUCUGGCGUGCAGUAAAGGAUACACGGACAUCGUCAAGAUGCUCAUAGACUGCGGCGUGGAUGUCAACGAGUAUGACUGGAAUGGCGGAGCCCCCCUGCUGUACGCCGUCCACGGGAACCAUGUGCGCUGUGUGGAACUGCUGCUCGAGAGCGGCGCUGAUCCCACCGUGGAGUCCGACUCGGGCUUCAACCCCAUGGACAUGGCCGUGGCCAUGGGCCAUCGCAACGUUCAACAGGUGAUGGAAGGACACCUGCUGAGGUUAUUGAUGGCCAUCAGAGAGUGAGCCCCCCCCCCCGCGUGCACACUUAUUAUUGUGGUUUGGACACGUUUAUUUAUUUCAUGCAUUUAAUGUUCUUACUUUUUAAAGUAAGACUACUUAUGUAGGAGUGCACUUUGAGUACUUUUUAAUUUAUUUGAAUAAGUUAAAUGAAGACGAGCUGUAUUUUUGUUUGUGUUAUGAGUCACUAACCUCGUGUUUAGUCAGAUAGUGGACUAUGUGCUGACAUGCAAAGCUGAUAACUGGAGUGUUGAGACAAAGUGUUAAUUGUCGACUUGAAAUGAUUAAGUGAUUGGAAACGGGUAACAUCCUGCCCUAAUAGAUGCCUGAUACUCUCUGCAAGAGUAAACUAGCCUCCCUGGCCAAUAGAUGAGCAAAUGUGUUGGCUGUUUUUUUACAGGCAAACAUGUCAUUAAAAUGUUCAUGUUUC